GAAGUUCCUGCGCACUGUGUGUGACGUGCCUGAGCCGGAGGAACGCUUCAACAUCGACGAGUACUCAGAGACGCUGAUCCUCAACAGACCCGUGAUCUACAUCUCCAUCAGUGAACUCCUCAACACACACAGAGAGGUGCAGCACGGCUGGAUGAUGCAUCAGCGCGCUCAGAGAGACGCACGAACCCCAGAGAAGAUGAAGAGGAACCAAUCGCUGAUCGCAGAUGGGAACCUAACACUGGAGGAGAAGAAGAGGAAGAUCCAGAGGAACCUGAGAAGACUGGAGGCCAUCGGGAUGCUCAGCCCUCCUGACACACACACACAGAUACUGCAGCUCAUCGCCAAGGACAUCCGUCAUCAGCGUGUGUAUCGUCAGAGGCGUCAGGCGGAGCUGGUCAAACUUAGAGAGACACUGAACCGCCUGCAGUGCAAGAGCUGCUUCCACUCAGAGCAGGUGGAUUAUUACAGCCAAUACAUCAACACCUGCCUGCAGAACCUCACCAACAGAGAGAAGAUGUCCAGAAGAGUGGAGGUGAUCAUCAGCUCCUCAGCUCCGCAGGAUCAGGCAGAGCCUCCUCUUCAGAUCACAGAGUCGAAGCCCGGAGAGCAUCCAGGAGUGAAGGGCUUCUUAAUGAUCAAGCCGGCGGUGCUGGGGUGGCUGGAGAUCCUGACCGGUGCCGGUGUGUUUGGACUCGUAUAUUGGAAUUACACUCUCUGGUUGUUAAUACCGGCUUGCUUUGUGAUUUUAAUAGGAGUUAUAACCGCUACAGCUGCAUGCACCCACAACCCGUGUCUGGUGAUCACUUCUCAAGUGCUGAAUCUGCUCAAUAUCUGCAAUGUGGUGACGGCCGUCCUCGUGUUUUUCGUCAGAGUCUUCUUUGUAUUUCUUGGAGAUUUUGGAUUCUGA